AUGGCGGCGAUCAUUGCUGUCUGUGGUGUCUAUUAUUACGUUUGGAUCAAGGUGCUGCCCCAGCUUCGAGGGUAUAAAUUCCCGCAAACGGUGCUGCCGCUGGAUGAUGGCGCGAUGGCUCAUCGGCUUGUCAAGAUUCCCAGAACUCAGUCUUACAAUGCUGCUGUCAAUGAUGGAGUCGGAUGA